AUGCCGCCCCUCCAACCACCCAGGGCACCCUCCGACAGGGUUCGCAUCGACAGUUUCCGGACUUUGUCGCGUCUUCAGCUCAUAUUCGAGUUUCGUGUAUGGCUGGAGUAUCUCCGGGACCACGUUCCUCGCCGGUACGACUCUCCCAUGAUUCAGCUAUGGGACUGUAUGUCGUUCGGGGCACCCAUUUGCACGCUCCUUGACCUCCUUGGCUCCCCAACCCCCGUCGAGCUGAGGGUGUAUGCAGAUACAUUCAACUUUAAUCUCAGCAUGGACGAACGAAUAACGUUCAUAGAAAGCUUCAUACAUCGGAUUAAUAUUCUCGAAAUCCAGGGUCGAAUUCCCUAUGGCGAGGUGUUAAAGGUGGAUGACUUUAUUAGUGGAGGUGUCCCAGGUUAUGUCAGGGUGCUACGAACUCUUGAUAGGAUCUUGAAUUCUUUACACGACUCUUACCCUGGUAUCUUUGUCGCACCUCAGGGUUGGAAAGCGCGAAGAGCGAGCUUGAUCCAGCAAUUGAAGGAAGCAGAGGCCAUACACGUAUCACGCCUUUCAGAUGUUGCUGAGGCGGCAUCGAGACUGUACUCCCAAGGCGACGUGACCGACCCCUCUCUGGAAGGAUUCAUAGUCAAUUGCUCUCGCCUAAUACCCUACCACAACAUCUUCUAUCAGCCCUUGGGCGAGCUCCCGCCUCCUGGAGAGGAGAUUUGGGAUGACAUCUUUAUGUUCUCGGACAAACUGCUACGGACCAAUAUCAUCCGCGCAUACCAUUCGCUUUGUGCCAAUUACCUUCCUCUUGUGGAUACACUCUCUAAAUUGCGCUCGAGACAUCUUGAGUACGCCGACGACGCCGACAUGGUCCUCCGACACCUUUCCUUUAUCCUCGGCCGGAUUUCAGACUACCGCGAAAUUCUCCAAGCGAUCCUCGAAGUGUCGAUGCCCAUGAACAAGGACUCCUACGACUCCCUUUGCCGAAUGACCUUCGAGAUGUACCAGCUGUCAGAAAGUAUCGACGAGGCAGGCUUUGAAUUGCGCACCAUUUGGGCUGCCCGGUGUCUCAAAAUGCGCUUGGGAAACACACUACGGUCUUUCAGCUCAGAAGGUCUCGGAACUGCCCUUCUCGACGAUAGACUGGUAGUUGACCCAGUUUCUGGAGAUCAUUACUCCGUUUUCCUUUUCCAGUCUUUGCUUAUCUGUUGCAAGGAGCGAAGCUCGGAGGCCAGGACUGCAGACGUACGCUAUCCAAUGAAGGCAUGGGAACUGGGACCUGCCCUUUCGGGGACCUGUCCCUUGUCAAUCGUUUGUGCUGUACCUACGAAGAACUUGAUGACGAUCCAUUGCUUUGACGCAGCCUAUUUCGAAUUAUUCUGGGUGGAUGGAUCCAACACGGAGCAAAGCAUAACAUUCUACCCGACGAUGCCUCAGCAAUAUACACAAUGGGUGGCUAAUCUUCAACUCUUCGUCACUCGAAUCCUGCACUCGACCUCUGUUCCGAAUAUGGAAGGUGACGAUAUUGGGACUGGAGGCAUUCGUACAGGAACUUCUUUCGUCCUCACGGCGGAAGAGACGAUGUACGAACCUCGCAGGUCCACAGCGCGUGCAUGGAGCGUCAUAGGAAGGAAAGGCCCCAAUUCUGAAAGUUCCUCCCUCGUCGCGGAGAUGGGGAAUAGCCCGGGCGAGCAAGGUUCCAUUCUGAGCCCGAACCUCUUGCCUACGCUAUUCACACCCUCACGAAACGGCGAGAGCGUACCAGCAAGUCCCAACACUCCAGCCUCUGGAAAUAACCCGCGUCUCCCAAACGGCCGAAACCGCUCUCGCACUCGACCCGACUUUCAAUCUGCUCGAAGUCCACUUCGAUCUGUGUUUACGAGGGAUGAUAUUUCGCCCCUCAACAAUGCUGGCCGAUUGGGAUCCGCCGCUCCCCUGGAGGAGGGGUUACCAGAAACGCUGGAUUUGACUGGACAGAUCACGCGAGAAGGAAACUACGCAGUGGCUCAUGGUGGUCAUUCAGACGUCUGGCUGGGGAGGUUGAAGAAGCAAGCGGACGACAGCGAUCAGGAGGUGAAAGUCGCUGUCAAGGUUCUCCGAAAUACCACCAGCGAUCCGGAGAAGAAAGCAAAACUUGUCGGUCGUCUCCAGCAUGAAUUGCGAGUAUGGAAACAAUUGGAUCACAUGCACGUCCUCCCCUUGUAUGGUGUUACGAAUGAUUUCGGUCCGUAUCCUUCGAUGGUGUGCCCUUGGAUGGAGAAGGGGAGCGUCAGCAAAUAUCUGGAGCAUUCCGGCGAUAUCCUAGAUAUCUCGGAACGACUGCGAAUAAUCGGCGAAAUCAUGGAAGGCCUACAAUACCUCCACCUUUGCUCGAUCAUUCAUGGGGACUUAACAGGGUCCAACAUCCUUCUCGACACCAACCUUACGGCCUAUGUCUGUGACUUUGGUCUUUCUGCGGUUGUACUCGACACCGACACUCAUACGAGGGCGUCGUUUACCUCCCAUUUGGGUGGGGCAGUACGGUGGACUGACUCGUGCUUCUUUGAAAACCUGGAUGAGGAGAACAAAGAAUGGAGCGCGCCUCCAUUAACGUAUAAAAGUGAUGUCUAUUCGCUGGGUUGUGUUAUGCUCGAGAUUUUGUCGGGUCGGCCACCAUACCACUACAUCGCGCUCGACGCUCAAGUUGUCAUCGAGUUGCACAAGGGCAACAAACCUAGGAGACCUGCUAGGUCAUUCGUGGAUGAUGGGCAGUGGGAGUUGAUUCAGUGGUGUUGGACGCAGCCGCCUGAGGAUAGGCCGGAUGUGCGAGAUGUGGCAGAGAAACUGGAAGAAUUGGUAGCACAACGAGGGGAUGUGAAGCAGUAG